AUGGCGUACCGACGGAAAUCUUCCCCUGCUGCGCAGUUGAGUCUCUUUCGCCAAUUACAGUUGAUGUGUAAUGCCACUUCUUUGGGACUGCCCUUUCAAGUCCAUAAUGCGCAGUCAAUGUUAGACCAGUUGAAAAUAAAUAAUACCGCGACGUAUGCUCAGUUUACGAAGAAUGCGACGCGUCAAGAUUUUUUUCCCAGUAGAGUGGUUGGUGGUUCUAGUGACAGCGCUCUUAUCACAGAUGCUCCAACAUUUACCCUACCCCUUCCAAGGUAUUUUGUUAAUCCUUCAGAAACAGCUGAGGAUUUUGUGCCCCGUGUAUUUUAUCACAGUUCUAUGGUAAAGUGUGCAGCUAAGCUCCGUGAUGGAAUUUACCUUCCACGUUGUGGCUUGACGGGGCUGUUUUUUUCUCGAGAGGAGGUCGUCGAUAACCUUCAAACGGCAGCUGCAGAACUUGGAUUUAAGUCGCCGUUUUGGAUUCGAAAGGAUCACCCAGCGCUUGGCAACUUUCUUGAGCUUAAAGACGAAAGCGAUGUCAUAUGUCUAAGUCUUACAGCGGCCAUCACAAGUAUAGAUAAUGUGGAGUGCUUUCAUGAGGAUCUUUGGCAUCCUAAUCUUCGGCAGGCAGCUGGCUCAAGAGGGCCUGCGUUUGGAAGCGACGUUCCGCUUGGGAUGAACGCCUUUUCGGGGUUUGUUACAAAAAACCCUUUUGUGCAAAGCUUGCCUAAUCGUGGUGUGUGGAUAUCCCAGGAGCAGGUUCUUCAAAACAAUUUAAAGCUCAAGAAGAAGGCGUCUGCUUCAUCAGGCAAUCCAUUUCUCCUUAUCGAAGUGGAGCAAUGGGAGAUGCACAAUGCGGACCAACUGAGUGUCCCUGGAAGAUUAGCUUUACACCGUUCUGCGGCCAAAGGUUCUGAAGGUGUUUCCGUUUUCUCAUGA